UCAGUUUCAGUUCAGUUCAGUUUUGAUACGCCAAUUGCCCCGUUUGGAUCAGGAAUAAAAAGUUACGGAUCCUUUUCCGGCGCGCGACAUUAUUUCACUCCAACUUUAUUUUUCUGUUUCCUUUUUGAUUGUUUGAUGAUUUUUCUUUUCUACAUAAGUUUUAUAUAUUUUUUCGUGUGUGUGUAUCUUUUUAAUUGUACAUAAAUUUUGCAAUUCCUGUUUUAUACGAAAGACGAGACGAGUAAUCAAAAGGAAUUGUAUUUUAUGUAUUUAUGAGAUUGUGAAAAUAAAUCUGCAUCAUUAUUGUUACCUACACAGGUAUACCUACCGUUAAGUGCGUGCGUGUUAUUUUGCGCAUCGUCGCGUAGUCGGUGAUCUCGUGCCGCAGGUUUUCAGAAUUUUUCAUUACGUGUUCAACGAGCCAACAUUUAUACCUACAAACAUAAAGAUACUCGUAUACAAGAAUAAUAAUAAAACAAAAUAAAAUUAAUAUAAAUAAAAAUAAAAUUAUGAAACGAAAAAAUAAAAUUGUGAAGUGGAUAGAGAAAUAUUUGGAAAUCGAAAUAAAAUAUUUUCGGUUAACUGAACUGAAGAAGACAAAAUAAGAACAAAAACAAAAAGUUUUUUAAAAAAAGAAAAAACAAAUAAAUUCGGUUGUGUUUUUAUUUAUUUGGUUUUUAAGUUCUUUGUAUUUUUAUUUAAAAUUUUUUGUAUGAUACAUUUUUUGACUGAAGUGAUUUAUACAAAAAUUCACCGGCAUCAUGUUUACCUGUUUGUAUCAGCUGUGGGAUUGGUUGGAUUCUCCACCACUAUUCAACGCAGCGACCAUGGAUAGCAAAAAGCUGCAACAACUGCAGCAAGCCAACUCCCAUCUAGCUCCACAAAAGAAAGUACCCCUAUCGUAUCAAACUAACAUAGCCGACUAUCGGACAUCGGCGCAUUCGCCUGUCUUCCAGAAUCAUCAUCUGCAAUAUCAUGGAGGUGGCCAUCAGACAAUGUACCAACAGCAGCAACAGCAACAAUCACCCAGUUCCAGUGGAUCACAGCUCACACCUAUCGAUAUGCAACCUCAGGGAAAGCACAUGCUCAAAACCACGGCCUACCAUCAGCAGCAGUUCACUGGCGAACAAAUCUACCAGACUCCCCCAGAGCGAACAUAUCAAAUGUCCGCAGCAGCCGGACGGCCAUUAUAUCAAACUGCAAGCAGUCAGCAUCAACAUAAUCCAGUCACAGCCUUGCAGCAGCAAUACCAACAGCUGCAGCAGGCCAAAAUCCAAGCUCAAAUCCAAACUCAAAAUGAAGCCCUGGUGCAUCAGCAGAGGACAUUCGCCAUGCGCCAGGCAUUGAAUCCGCCAGUUCCGCAGGGUCACUACCACAUGAGUCAGAGUUCGAGUAUGAUGUCAUCGCCCCAGCAGCAACAGUCACCGAUUCACUCAGCUUCAUCCUCACAUCGAACUGUGCCACCAUCGACACUUAACCUUAGCAGUCAAUUCCAGCCGGCGCCAGGUCCUUCGAAAGUCGCCCCCAACUCAAAGCACUUCCAUCAGGAUCAAGCCAGCCUCUACGCACAACAGCAGCAUCAGCUGCAACUGCAAUUGCAGCUCCAACAACAGCAACAACAACAGCAGCAGCAAUUACAGCAGCAACAACAACAACAAAAGCAGCAUCAUCAGCUAUUGUCGAAUCAGCAACAGCUGCAAGACAAUGGUCAGUCCGCGAGACAAAAGGCAGCACCACCAUUGAAGGGCGAUAUGAGUGGCAUCACUCCAGGCAGCGAACCCAGUCCCGUGUACAUUCAGCAAAAUCAUCCUGGCCACGUUGUGAAUCAAGCAUGUCAGACUCAAAUCUCCGGGGCACCUGGCAAUAAGACACCCGCUAAAACACCAAGCAGCGACGACAGUUUGACCAAAAGCCCCUCAGCAACAUCCACCUCAGCAGCCCACUCGCAGCUGGAUAGGAAGAAGAGUUCUGGUUCGAUACAAGCAAUAAAAUCCCCAAUAACAAAACGUCCUCCCACAUCCCCGGUGGCGAUGUCGGGGUGGUUGUACAAACAGGGCUCUGAUGGUCUAAAGGUAUGGCGUAAACGGUGGUUUGUUUUGGCCGAGUAUUGUUUGUAUUAUUACAAAGGCCCGGAGGAGGAAAAGCUUUUGGGAUCGAUUUUGCUUCCAUCGUACAAAGUGUCCGCUUGUUUGCCGGAAGAUAAGAUCUACCGAAAAUAUGCCUUCAAGUGCGAGCACACCAACAUGCGCACCUAUUGGCUGGCAGCUGAAACAGCCGAGGCGAUGAUUCAGUGGGUCCGAGCCCUCACCGCUGCCACAAUGAUGCAAGCCAGUAGUGAAUCCGACCAGACAUCACAGCCAAGUGUGUCUUCACUUAAUCAGAGUGCCGACAACAGUGACUCUGGUAUUCAUACACUGCAAUCACAACAAAGCAAGCUCAGUCUGAGUCAGGGUCCGGUAACCCCAGCCUCGGACAAUGGCGCCCAACCUUUGUACGCCAAUGCUCCACCCAAGCCUCGACGGAUCAACGACGGCGGCUAUUCGUCGCCAAGUCCCGAACACUCAGUCGAUAACGAAGGAAGUGCAAGUCGCAAGCAUGGCCAAAGCCAGCAACAGCACUCAGCCCGACGAAACAAUGCCGUCAUGUCACCCUCACUCCAACAAAUGCAACGUUCCCAACAACACCAUGCCAUUUAUGACUCACGAACUGGCAAUGUAACGUCCUCGCUGAGAAUGCAAAACUCCACAGACAAUUUAGCCAAUCAAAUGCAACAAUUAGCCAUGGACGCCAACCGUCAAUCGCCAUAUCAUUCGAACGAAUACAGUUCACAGCCAUCAGGUGGUUCUUUGCCACAAAAUAUUCCCGGAACAACUGGGGGUUAUAGCCAUCAGGGUGUCGAUUUGGAAGAACAAUUGAUGCGUAUGCCAUCGCGUAGCAUUGGCGAUGACAUCUAUGGCGAACGCGAACUUUACAUGCAGAAAAUAAUCCAACAGAGGUAUCCGCCCAAUCAAGCAGUGAUGGGCUAUGCCAAUGCCGAACGAAGGACACCCGACGCCUAUGGAAGAUCUAAAAAUCGUCCGUUUUCGGAUUAUGAGGAUAUUUACAAUUUGACACAAUGUAAGACACCACAACCACAAGAAAUGCCGGGAGCAGCUGCAGCGGCGGCAGUGGGUAAUGCGUAUAGAAGACCCAUGAGCCCGCCAACUUAUGAUACCACCAAACAUGUUCCACCGAUGCCAUCGAGAUAUACACCAAACCAUUUAGAGGCAACUGGAAGCAGCACAAACUUGCGUACAAGACCAUCAACAGCAUCGAUCAUACGACCGCACUCUGCUGAUUUUCUAGAAUACGAGGCCAGAGCUGAAGCAGCAGCGGCUGCGGCAACAUCAUCAACUGGCGGUGCCAUCAAACCAGAUGCCAUACGUGCCCCACGACCCAAAUCGAGCUUGGACAUCAACCGUGCGCCAGACAGUUUCUACUACUCAGAGGCGAGCUAUGCUGAAAAAAUGCGACAAAGUGCUCUUUAUCUGCAAAGUCCUCAGACGGCCCAGCCCCAACAGCUUCAGCAGCAGCAGCACCAACAACAACAACAACAGCACCAGCAGCAGCCACCACCACCGGCCCCAGCCUCUGCUUAUGGAUACACUUCAGCCUACCCAAGUCCAAGUGGCAUGCACACAAUUGGCUAUGAGAAUCCCUACGAACGAGCCUACAAACGAAACGAACUUCUCCAAGAGGCGGCCAUAAAUCAGGGGACUUCGAGUGUGCCACGAAUGAGUCGUGGUGUGAGCAACAGUGCCAUCAGCAAGGACAUCGUCGGCAGUGGCAUUCAUUUGCGCCCUCAACACCAUCAUCAGGGCUCUCAACAGCUUCCGAGCCAGCAUGAACAGUUUUUGAGGUCAGCCAGCGCCCGGUUGCCCCGUAACAAUAGGGACGAAGAUGCACCCAGCACGCCGACAUCCUCUCACCAGGACGGCGAAAGAAAACGUGAGGAAUCAAUGAAGCGUCUGCUUGAAUGGAAGCAAAGAAUGCUCCAAUCACCACUCACCCGCAAAGGUAUGCAACAGAGUGGUUCGGCAACGUUGAUGACAAAGCUAGGCAGCAAUCCGAACAUCCUUGCGACAGGAUCAGCGACGGCAGCGGUGGCAGUGGCGGCAGGCAAUAAUGUCAGCCAACAGCAUGCAGGUGGCGCUACCAUCGGCCCCCAGAACAUGAAUAUUGGCAAUAGUUCUGCCGUUACGAUGGUAGGGGGAGUUUCUGGCAUACAAAGAAGUCGUUCCGAAACACAUGCCAAUGCCGGUUAUAAUAGCUUUUCAUCCGAUGACGAAGCAUCUAUAUCUGUUCGAAAUGUACGCAAUAUACCUAAAGGCAAUUUGACAGUUAAACCAGAUCCAUCUGAUCAAAUGUUAAACUAUGAACAAAUUUCUAAACUAGCCAGUUCGUAUUACGGCAACGCAUUGGAUGCCAAAUACGCCAAAACUACACAACUGUCAACUGAACGUGAUCGAAAUUUGUACGCUCAACAAAAACUAAUGUCAACUUCCACCCCAAUGGCGGGCAUUGCGUCUGGAAUACCAAUGGACUUUAGAGGCAGCAGCUAUGAUAUCAAUGCAGCAGCAAAUAAUGCCUACAGGGAAACCAAUGGAUAUCAUCCAAUAAGACGAGUUGGAAGUCGAGCUGAGAUUGAUCUUCUUGAACGUGAAACAAGUUCUCAAAUGAGGAAUCUGGACGUAUCAGCUGGAGACUUAUUGAGUCGCACCCAUGAAGAAUUGGUUUUGUUAUUGAUCCAAUUGCGUCGGCAAAACAGUAAUACAGCUCGUGCUAUUGAGCAAUGUUGCACCGAUAUUCAUGAAAUUCAGAAUCGAAUACGCACAGCUGAAGGCUUAACUCGUGCUGAAUCCAUACAACGUUUAGACUAUCUAAAACAGCAUCUUCUUGAUCUUGAACGUCAAUAUGAGAAAAGCAAACCAUUGGUGAAUUUAGUUGAUAAUAUGGUUAAAUUAGGUUCACUCUAUCGCAGCAACGAUACAACCGGACGCUUAAAUGGCCUCCAACGACCUGAAUCCGUGACCCUUGAUCGAUUGGAAUUCAAUCAACGGGUACAAGAACGACGUAUGCUGCAGGAAGAGCAAAAGCAAUGGGACCGUUUAAGUCCAAAUCAUACAGAGCUUCAGUCCAAAGUUAGACAACUGUAUCAGCUGGAUCAGUUGUUGCAGGAAGAAUCCGGCACAUUGCAAAAUCUGCAACGUGACAAGGAGGACUUGGAACGGGCUUUGGGCGGUCUUCGUGCUAGAAUACAUGAUUCCAAUGGAACACCAAUGGUUUUGGAAGCAGCUAAAAAACAGCAGCAUAUUCUCGAGGCAGAAUUGUCUAGAGUUCAUCAGCUGCUAGCUGAAAAUUCUAAGAAACUGGAACAAACUGUUGCUGGCAAUGCAAGGCUGGAGCAGGAGCUUUUAGUUCUUAGGCAAAAGUUACAGGCAUCGCGAGGAUCUCAAAAUGCCUUGAAUCCAAUGCGAGGAGAGAGCAUGCAAUAUGCUAGCUCCACCACAGCCAUGCUGGAGUCAGAACUCAAAAGAGUUCAGCAACUAGUUGGAGACAUGCAGCGCCAGCGGCAGGAGUUAAGCCAAGCUGUUCGACAAUUGACGGAGAAUUCAAAUCGACUAUAUCAGGAGAUUGGCAAUAAGGAAGGUUCGACAACCCCGACUUCAUCUUCGCACAUCAAAAAGAGAACAUCCAGCACUUGCUGGAUAGAAACCGAUUUGGACUCGAUGGUCAGCGUGGAUCGGACAGUCAACGACACCCCCAGUCUUUCAACCCCUCUCUAUGUAGACACUAGCUCUGCUCAUUCCAGUGUGAAUGUUCUGAACUAUUCUGGAUCUAAUAAACACGGCGAAUUCGACGAUAAUAGCAAGAACAAUCGUACCUAUCGCUAUCAAGACCCGGAUGCUCUCGAAAACAGUGGAGUGGAUAGCGAUGGGUUCUUAGACACCAACCCCUUUGCUAACCUAUCCAACCAAGAGAAACAAGAAAUAAAAACAGUUCGAAUUGUGAAGCGUGAAUCGGAGAGACGUCAUCGCGACCGAGAACGCAGCACCACCACAUCCACACAGAAUCUUGACCAGGUUCAGGAAGAGGAGCAUCAUCACUCGCAAUUUAUUAACGAAGACUACCAAGCGCGCUCUAAAUCAUUGCCACGUACCUAUACUGAACCUCCUAAGCUAAUGCCGAAGGUUCAUAAAAAUCAUUCUGGCUCAAGACAAUCUAUCAAAUACACCGACUACUACAGCAAUUCGCCAUCAACGACGACCAGCAAUCCAUAUAUGGUUUCAAUGUCUGACCGGAACUGCAAUCCAUAUCCGUUCCAUAAGCAACAUCCACAGCAACAGCAACAGCAACAUCAGUCUUCCUUGCCAAAUGGCUAUCAUUCGAAAUCGAGACACUAUCAUCAGCAGCAACCACCUCCACCGGCACCACCUGGAUCUAUUCAAAGUGCACUACGUCAGAAGACCGAAUCAAUGCAGAGCUUGAAUAAAAGCAUAAGUGACUUGAAUACCGUUUUCCAGAGCGAAGCGGCUCGUCAAAUAAUGAACGAAAUGUCAGCCGGAAGUGCCUCCGAAGACAAUACUACUUUAUCGACAACGACGACAACGUCGGCAAAGUCUACUUCUAAUACGGAAAAGGUUCCUUCAUCGCACAAGCAUCGGCGGGCAGUUCCUAGAGAGAAAAGACGCCAUUAUACGGCUCCUAAUAAUGUCAAUGCAAAAGCUAUGGAGAAUGUUCAGGCAGAAAACGAUAUGAAUCGAAAUAACACAAAUUGGAGAGCCAGAGAUGAUCUUGACAUGGAAGUUGCUCUGCGCCCAAGAAUUAACGCCCCAGAUGUUGUUCGAUCGGCCCUUGGGCAUGGUGAGAAAAUAUCUGAAAACACAAUUGAUAAUCUGCUUUUGGCUCCAAAUAAAAUUGUCAUACCGGAACGGUAUAUUCCCGAAAAGACUCCAGAACUAUCUCCAGAGGAAAAGAAACGUCGGCAAGAAAAAGUUGAAGUGAUUAAGAAAAUGCUUUCAGAUGCACCCAUUAAUUCAUCGAAUGACACUGUCAGUUUGCCUCCAAGUAAAAUCAAUGCAGAGAAGAAACAACGCGAACAUCUCCUUCAACUAAAUCAAAUUUUGGCUCAACAAGUUAUGCAAAUGAGCAAAAUUGUAGCAGAAAAAGCAAUGGCUGCCCGACCAUCAAAAAUUCCCGACUUAAAUAAUAAAACCCCUUCACCAACAACACCCGAAGAAGGUCGUCUUUCAACAUCUCCAACGGACUCACUGCCACUUUAUCAACAACGAGACAACUUUUUUACAUAAAAGGUGACAGUCAUUUUGUUGGAUAAUAAAUAUUAUAUUUAAAUGUUAUACAGCUUAAACCAAAAUUGUUUAAAAAAAAAGAAGAAAUUAUUUAUUAUAAACAGAUCCACAACAAUAUAAACAUGCCUAUUUAUACGUACAUAAUAUUUCGAUCAUGACACACUGAAACAAAUUAUAAAACACAUCAUCUUAAGUUUAAAAAUUAAUUAUAAAUAAAAGGUGAAAAUAAAUUUAAAAAAAAAAUAAAUUAAAAACACUAAAGGAUUAAGCAAAAACUUCGAAUGAUUUUCACAUUUUUUAAUUCUUCAAAAACAAAAAUUGCCUUAUCCAAAAACAAAACAAAAAAAUACAAAAAAUUUAUUAAAUUUUUGACUGAUUAUUUAAAAAAUAAUAAAAAUAAUAAAACACAUAGCAAAAAAGACUUAAGUAAACAAAACAAAAAAAUCAUUUACAGUUUAAAAUCAUAUCUCACGGCUUUGCGCAGGCAUUUAAACUUAGUUUGAUAUUAUUUUUUUUUUAAAUAUUAAAUAUUAAUAUACGAUAAAAACAUAUCACUUAUUUUUAUUUAUUUGUUGCGACAAAAUAAAAAUACCAAAACAAAAAAACCUAGGUACUUGAAACAAUAAAACAAAGACUUGAGUGCAGGUAGACAUAAGCAUUUACAAAGCACAUUUUUAAAAAACAAAUAAAAAUCAUAAUUUGCAAGAAACAAUAAAAUCCAUUAAAACAAAAACAACAACAACAACAGACUGAUUUCCAAGUAAAAACAAACAACAAUUUAUUGAAAAAGAAAAAAAUACAAAUUAUUAAACAAAGAAAAACUAAAAAAGAUAAUAAUGCAGAAAGUAAUUUAAUCUAAGCUAAAGCUGUAGAUUUUGUAAAACAACAUCCACAAAAAUUAAAAAUCACUAUAUUGAAAAAAAAGCUGCACAUUAUUAUAAAGUAGGUAAAUAAUAUUCUAUCCAUGCAAAAUACCAAAAUAAAAUUUAAGAGAAAAGUAAAACAGUUCAUAAAAUAAAUUAAAGAAAUUGCACAUCAAGUGAAUUAAGUUCAACUUACAUUAGACUAAAAUAUAUAAAGCUACGUUCAUACUUUUGACUUCAGUCAUAGCAAGCCACAUGAACAUCAAACAAAGGAUUGAUUAAGAGGAUUGAAAAGAAUGUCAACAGCGCAAGUGACAUUAACAUAACUGUCAGAAAACGUUGACGCUAUACUUUUGAGAAUUUUGAUAAACGAGGUCAUAUUUUUGGAUUUGUUGUUCUGUUUUUCAAACGUCAAACCUACGACCUGCAAAUUUUCUACUAUGUGGAUUUAUUUUGAUCGCCACAAAUCUAUCCAUCAACAUAACUUUCAAAAAUAUCUAAUUCAUGAGGCCGUUCUCCUCAACAAUUAAAUUUCAAUUUCAAAAUCUACUUAUUGUAGCAUUUAAGCAGUAUUCACAUGAGCGCGACCAACGAACGACGAAUGAAUUACAAAAUGUGAGUUUCCAUGCGUUUGAAGACAUAUUUCCACACAAAUUCUUAACAAAACGAUAGCAACAUAGUUUCUAUUUGAUUUAUGAUGCAUCAUUUUUCUUUUCGUCGGGAAAGAAAUUGUAGUUGAUACGAACUGUCAAACUUUAUUCGCGUUCCACAUUAUCCACACUCGCAACGAAUAAAAUAAUCGCGCAUACUUAACCUAAGCAAAUCAUUCUUGUGUUGGUUUAUUCGCGACGAAUUAAAAACUCUCAUUUGAAAGAAAUGUCAAAAUCGACGAAUAGUCGUUCAUGGGUUGGUCGUGCUCAUGUGAACAGUGCUUUAGAUAACAUUCGAAAAAAAAGCAUUCAGAGACGCAAUGGCUGCGUUCAAUCUCCGUACGAUAGAUUAUACGGAUACCUAUGCUUAAGUGUUUUACUUGUCAGAGAACAGCUGAUCUAAAAUAACUGUGAGGUCUAAAAAUGUAUCCUAACAUUUCUGGUAUCUGAAAGACCAGCUGAUUCAACGUAUGGAUUAAAUUAGAAGGAAUCAGAAAAUUAAUUUUAAAUUUGUAUCUUUUUGGUAGAAAUCCGGUGAAUUAUUAAAAUAAUACGUUGAAAAUCCACCUAUCCACGAUAGAAUAUCCAACACGAGAUUGAACGCAGCCAAUGAGAAAUUGUGGCAAUAAACAUAAACGUCAAUUUUGACGCUAUGGGUUUUUUGAAAACCCUGCUAGUAUAUUUUAUUUUAGUGCUGACAUUUUAAAGAGGGCGUACGGAUAAAAACUAAGCCUAAAUUUUUUUUUCAAAAUUCUAUUAAUUUUUCAACAUUGUCGCCUUCAUAAACUUUAUGCACCAAUGCUACUCCAAUUUAUAAAACCUGUUGAAAAAAGAGGUUUUUUCAAUAUUUGACAAGAUGCAAAUUUAUUUUGUGACCUUUUCAAGUCUGGAAAUAAAAAGAAGUCGCACGGGGCGAAACCUGCAGAAUGAUAAGGAUUGGGCAGUAGUUUGUAUCCUGGUUUGAUCAAUUUGGACCUUGGAAGGGCGGAGUUGUAAACUUGUGCCUUGUUACAGUGGAAGAGCCUCUUUUUCUAUGCUAAAUGCAGCCGUUUUUUGUGCAAGGAUUUGAACCGGACCCUGUUAUCGUUUUGCCCUGUUAUCGUUUUGCCCUUUGUCCAGGUAGGUGAUGUGGAUUGCAGCUUAUGAAUCCCAGAAAACAGGGGCCAUUACCUUUCCGACCAAUAUGACCGUCUUCGCCUUGUUGAAAGCACAUUUCUAUGUCUGUGGCGUUUAAAAGUUGAUACAUUUUGCGUUGGCGGUCACACAACUCCUUUGGAUUGUGUUUAAACAGAAAUGUCAAACACUGCUAUGAAGUGGUCUCACGUUUGUACUUGUUGUCUGUGGUGCAUGUAACUUCUUACACUCGAAAUUGCAUACAGUAUAUGACCCACGCCUGUAGUACCCGUGGCAUGAUGAUUAGUGCGUUGGACUGUCAUGCCAGAGGUCUGGGGUUCGAUUACUGCCUAUGCCACCUAAAGUUUUUAUUCACGGGUACUGCCUCUUGCGAGGAAUUGACAAAUUCUUCAAGAGUAAUUCUUGUCAUGAAAAAGUGCUUUCUCAAAUAAGCCGUUCGGAUUCGGCAUAUAAACUAUAGGUCCCAUCCAUCCCUGCAAUUACUCGCACACAGGAAUGGUUGAGAGUUGUAAGUCACUAGGCCCUGGUUCUCUACGGACUGUUGCGCCACCUAAUUAAUUUACGUGGGUUUUUGAAAUUCUUAAUGCCUCAGCCAAUAUAAGAUCGUGGAUCUUUGUUACCUUAUCUUCCCAUCUAAGACGUUUUGGGGCAACUGGGUAUUGCUCAUCAAAAAUCGAUGUUAAUUAAUAAAGGUUUUUAAAGAUCGCUAUCGAAAAAAAAAUUCACCGCAGGCAGCAUCCAAGUGCACUUUAAUUUCGCUGCAAGAAAUUACACACCGAUAUUUUACUUUUUCCAUUUUUUAAAACUCAAGAACACAUCCGCCAACACAGCCCCACGAACUCGAUUCGGCUGAAAUUUCGAUAGACUCAAUAGUAGCCUACGAGAAGUUCUACACGAAAAACAACAGGAAACGAGAUAUCGGAAUCACAUUAGUUAGAUAGAGAUUUUAGACCAAAAUGCAGAUUAUAGGAAGUUACAUUUUUUUAGCUCACAGAACUUGCUCUUUGAAACACUCGGUUAUUUUCGCAUAAUCCACUUUAAAAACCAAUAAACGCGAUUGGCUUUAACUAGCUCUUUUAUAAGCGGUACAUAACUUUAUAAAAUAAUUUGUUUUGACGUUUAAAGGCGCUAUAACUUCACGGAACGUAGUGACCUCUAUUAACCGUUUAAAAGAAGACUGUGUGAAACCAACGAAUACGAAGAAAACAUGCAUAUACUUUCAGUGUUUUGUUCUUGAAUUUAAACAAAAUAAAUGAGGGUAAACUUCACUUACUUUACUCCAGUUGGCGCUACAGCGCAUUGCUCUCCUAGGCCUCAAGUAAUAACUUUCGAUAGCUUACUCGAUCUCUAGUUUGCUUCCUCCAGUUUCGAAAACCAAGUUGACUCACCGGAGAUGAGGCCUGCCUGUGCUUCUUGUUCCCUCAGUCUUAGCGUUGAAUACCUUACGGGCUGAAGCUUCGAUGUUCAUUCGCUCGACAUGCCAUAGCCAUCUUAAGCGUUGUACAGCUCCUGUAACUCCUGAUUAAAUCUUCUCCGCCAGAUGUUACUUUGCCUAGAUCAUACGCAGAACCUUCCUCUCUAUCCUUCAUCCACCAGGGAGAGGGUCCAUGCCUCUGCACCAUACAGCAAGACUGGGAUGAUUAGAGUUUUGUACAGUGUCUCUUUGGUACUUCGGGAAAGGGCCUUAUUCCUCAACUGCUUACUUAGGCCAAAGAAACUGCGGCUAGCAAGGGUAAUUCUGCGUUUGAUCUCCGCGCUGAUGUCAUAUGAAGGAUUUACAGCAGUGCCCAGAUAAACAAAUUCGUUUACCACCUCGAAGUUGUACCUGUCAAUUGUCACAUUUUGACCAAGUCUACGAUGUGAAUCGACUCUAUUUGACGACAGUAAACACUUCGUUUUGUCCUUGUUAAUGUCAAGACCCAUUUUCUUCGCUUCAGACUCGACAUUAGAGAACUAGUUUCGUUCUUCCCAUAAUGAGGGUAAGGCCGCAGUUAAAUUUUAAAUAAAUUCAGCUUGCCAUUAUAAGCUGUCAAAAUCUAAUGUUGUUAUUAUUUUAAUGUUUAAAUAGCUUACAAAAUAGUGAUACCUGCCAUUAUAAUGGUCGACAAAAUUACGUUAUUUUUUGACAGCACGAACUUUUUGAAAGGAUUGAGAUUUAUUAAAUUAUAAUCUCGUCACAUCACAUCAGGUUUUUAAAAUAAUCCCUUUAAAAAUGCUAAAAACAAUUAAAAACCAUUUUUGUUUUAAAGCUAAGUUUACACUUAAAAUAUCUCAUCACAAUAAAUUGUUGGAGUUAAUUAUUAAAAAUGAUUUCUAAUCAAAACUUUAACAUUGACUAUUUCCUCAAAUUUAAAAAAAAUACCUGUUUUCAACAUUAUUUUUAUAUUUUUCAAUAUUUGUUUUCAAAAACUUUAUAUAACAGAAUUGUUAAGACAACAGAUUCGUAAAAAAUCUAACAACUUAUAAAUUUUUCUUGAAUAUUUUAAGAAAUAAUAAAAAAUAUUUAAAUUUAAUAUUGAAAAAGCGAUAAUAGAUUUGAAAAACCAUCACGGAUAGCCUUAAAACCCUUAUACUUGUGUUUUUUUUCGAAUUUUAAAAAACAAUGUCUCAAAAACCUGACUUGAUAUAUUAAAUUUGAAGUAGGAUUUGAAUUAAGACCAUCAAACCCCAUUUAAAAAAGCGCAAUUAUAUUAAAAGUGUUACAAUUCACUGUUGACAUUUUGUUUUCAAGACUUCUCUUCAAUCCUUUCUUAGUUCAAAAAUAAAACCCACUAUACCUUAGUUCAUUAAAAACCCGUUCUUUAAAAAAAAAACAAAUCUCGUUGUCAUAUUGUACAAAAAAUAAAUUAUUAAAAAAAAAAAAUAUAAAAUAAUCGAAGUAAGAAAAAAACAAUUAAAAUUUGUUAAUAGUUAAUUAAAAUUUCAACGGAAUGAUAAAAUAAAAGUGUUAAUUAUUGAAGUCAAUUAUUAAUACUAUUCAAAUGUUAUAACUAUAUAGACCUAAAAACAAAAAACCACGCCCUUUACCUAAUGGCGAUAAAUUAAAAUAAAAUAGUUUACGAAAGCAAAAAUGUUGAUAUACAAGAAUUAAAGAAAAGUCAACGACAUUUUAUGAAUUUCAUAAUAUCUGCAAUGUUAUCAUAAUCAAAAUCAUUAAAAA